AUGCCUUUUGCUCGAGCAUUUCUCAAAGAUGUCCCAGAAGAUCCAUCGAAGAUGACCGACGAAGAGUUCGAUCGUCUACAUCAGUACAUCUUGGCUAAGUUCUCAGACAGUGGAGCCAAAAUGAGGUUGCCCUGGCUUUUUUCACUCACCAAAGAGACCAUCGUCCCGCAGAUUGAAAAGUGGCUCCUAGAAACAGAGAUCUUCAUGGAGGACAGCCUGGAUAAUCUAACCGGCAGAACGGCAUGCUUCCUUCGAUUAGACCGCUUCCAAAGCUGGUACAAAGACGGCAACAGCUGGGAAUCGCCUUACGAGAAACGAUUCCUCGAAAAGCUAGACAGAGACCUCAAAACCAUCCUCGAAUGGGACCCUGGCUUCACAAAUACUAUUCGGAGAUGGCAGGCCAUGAUUCUCAACCAUCACUACAUACGUAUAAUGGUGAGCCCCCAGCAGAAAGGUCUGUUUGGGUGGCGUAUAUUCCUGCUGAUGGAUAUAAAUUGGGACUCGGCAGCGUGGUCUGAACUCUGGCCGACGGGGAUACAAAGCAUCACAAGAUAUUCUUACGUACUUAAUACCUUUGACUCCCAGGUAGUGGCUGCUCACUGCAGCCGGCUUUCGAGAGUCAUGAAAGAAAAUGGAGAGCAGGAUCAUGCGACCUUCGGCUUGAAAUUGCUGUUGCGGGCUCCUGGGACAUUCCAGGAAUUCCGAGAUGUUGGCGAGGACCAAUUGUGCUGGCACUGUUUAAAAUCUCGACCAUGUGAUCACGAUAUGGGGUUGAAGAUAUUGGCUGGAUGA